AUGGUUGGUAUUCAGCUGCAGGAGAGAGAGGGAGGUGUGGAGAAGGCCCAUGAGAGCAGCUGCCAGUGGCUGAGAAACACUGAGAAAGGAGACGUAGGCUGGCGGUGCCAUGGAGUGGGAAAAGAGUUGUGUUUGAACUGUUGCUGUUCGGCCUCAGAGCUGUCUUUCCUGCUGGAGCCGAGUGAUGUGAUCGCAGUGAGGGAACGCCCGCUCAUGCUGGACUGUCGGGUGCAGGGUGAGGAGCCAAUCAUGGUUACAUGGCGUAAAAACGGGGUACCUUUACCCACCAGCCCGAGGGUUCAGGUGCUGGUGAAUGGCACGCUGUUCAUCCACAGCUUCCAGAAACGUAGAGAGGGGAGCGACGCGGAUAUGGGCGAGUACGACUGCGCAGCCCAAAAUCGCUACGGCAUGCUGGUCAGCCGCAAGGCCAAAGUCCAUUUGGCAUCUCUUCCUAAGUUCCACACCCACCCGCUGUCCAUGUCGGUGGAUGAGGGAAGCGUAGCUCGCUUCCAGUGUCAGAUAAACGGAGUACCUGAGGCCAACAUCACCUGGGAGAGAGACAGAGCACCACUCAACACCACCGACAACAGAUAUACUCUCCUGCCAAUGGGUAUUCUCCAGGUGACGGGCGUGAGGCCGGCCGAUGCAGGUGUUUUCCGCUGUGUCGCAACCAACACCGCCAACACUCGCUGCAGCCAUGAGGCCAUGCUCAACAUCACUGGUGGAGCUCCCAGAACCUACAAGGAGCCGGUCAUCCUGUCAGGACCCCAGAAUCUGACCAUCACUGUCCAUCAGACGGCCAUCUUAGAGUGCAUCGCCACAGGAAACCCCAGGCCCAUUGUUUCUUGGAGCCGGCUAGACGGACGCUCCAUCGGGGUGGAGGGUAUCCAGGUUCUGGGGACGGGGAACCUGAUGAUCUCAGAUGUUUCCCUGCAGCACUCAGGCGUGUACGUGUGUGCUGCCAAUCGUCCCGGCACCAGGAUGAGACGUACUGCUCUCGGACGACUCGUGGUACAAGCUCCUCCUGAGUUCCUGCAGUGGCCACAGUCUGUGUCCAAACCAGCAGGGGGGAGUGCCGUGUUCACCUGUGUGGCCCAGGGCGUCCCCGAGCCUCACCUCAUCUGGCUGAAGAAUGGCAAGGUCCUGAUGCCCGGACACAACAUCAAGCUGACUAAUAACAACAGCACUCUGGCUCUGACCCGUAUCAGCUCAGAGGAUGAGGCCAUCUACCAGUGCAUCGCAGAGAACAGUGCCGGUACCAACCAAGCCAGCGCCCGUCUAGCCGUGGCCCAGGCUAAAGACCUGCCAGCCGCCCCCCAGGGCCUCAUAGCCAGUGUGCUGUCCACCGAUGCCCUGCAGAUCACAUGGAGCCAGCCCCCCCCAAACGUCACCGACGGCAUCAUCGGAUACGUACUUCACAUCCGCAAGAUAGGAGAGCCUGAUAGUCUGGAGCUGCAGGAAGCCAUCAGUAAAGGAACCUUCCAGCAUGAUGUGACCAACCUGGAGCCGGCCACCACCUACUCCCUCUACCUGAAGGCCUAUUCUCCUCUAGGAGCCAGCCAGCAGUCCCCCACUGUGGUGACUACAACACUAGGGGGCGUGCCGACUCCUCCCACCUUCUUCACCAAGGUGGUGAACUCCAGCGCCGUGCAAGUCCUCUGGGAGCUGCCCAGUAAGGCCGGCAGGGCUGAGGGCUUCAGGCUGUCCUACCGCAGGGUCCCUCACGCAGACUUCCAGAGGCCAGUCCAGCUGCCCUGUCACAUCAAUGCCCACACCGUCUCUAAGCUGGAAUCCGGUGCAGUGUAUGAAGUCAAACUGGUGGCCUACAAUGGAAACGGGGAGAGUGACUGCUCCAAGAGACUGGUGUCGCUGGCAGAGGAAGGCGUGACGGACCAAACCACUGGAGAGAAAAGUCUGUGUCAGUGCAGAGAUGGAGAGGCAUCUCUUGGCAGCAUCGUCAUCGGCAUCCAUAUCGGCACCGCCUGUAUCAUCUUCUGUGUUCUCUUCCUCAUGUUUGGAUACCGUCGCAGUCUGUUUUGCAGUAAAGGGACUCAGGACAGCUGGUCUGUACCGAGGAACAACACAGGACACAAUGGCAUUGCUAAAGAUGGAGCAAGCCACCCGAGAGUGGACUCAGUACCUCAGGUGGUCUGUCCAGCUCAGUACCAGGUUGUCAUUGAGCAGCACUUGUCAGGUUUGCCUGGCACGGACACCGGCUAACACUGGUCAAUGAUAUCACCACCCAUAUCCCUGUCCUCCCCUCCAACAGUCUGCUAUUCACUUAGGAAACCCAUGUCUCCCACCAAUGGGCACCUUCUGUGCCCUUUGGUAGGGGUCAGACAUCGAUUUAUUCUCCCCCAAACCUGCUAUUAAUAACCUGAAAGUAGCCUCCACAAAACUACGACAGAAUGCUUACAGAGCUACGAGACAUCCUGGUCCUUUGCCACCCCACCCCAAUCCUCCACCCCUACCUCAAACCAAAGCUUAUUGCCUUUAUUGCCUGUGCACAUGCACAUGUGCAUGUAGAAAAAGCCUUCAAAGCAUUGCCACUCCAGACGAGGUCCUGUCACAUUCUUUUUGUGUGUGCUUUUCCAGUGGGAGUCUGUUCCAUAACCAAAAUAUUCUAUUCCUCAGAUCUCCUCUGGUAAGCUGACAUGUGAAGAUGUGCACUAUGGUCUUAAAACCACAAAUGAAGCCAUUAUUAGUCUUUUGUGACAGAACUCUUGACUUUGCCUUCAGUUCCUCUGCAAUAAGAAAUGGAAGAAACACAGUGGCCUUUGUGAACGCCUUAUGAAGGUGAUAAGAAAUGAUUGUCUAUCACCAUAUAAGCCAUUUAGAGGAACCAUGUAAACAGGCAUUCUUUACUAAACUUUUCCUCACCCAAAAGCUGCACACCUCCAAAGAAAGCUACCUCAGUCUGACAUGUAUAUCUGAGCCAUAGUUGAGGCCAAUUUUAGCCUGAUUACGCUGCUUGUGCUAGCCUACCUCAACCAAAAAAUUCUGAAACCCUUUCCCUUGAGUAACUAUUUCUUCGACCAGUGCCAGUGUACUGUGCCGGUGACCAACAAGGCCGGUCCAGAGAGUGCUCACCAGGAUGACUAACCAGGAGAGCAUGAACAUGGCAGAGCCUGAUUCCACUGCCACAAGCCUAAGCCUUACUGUACCAGAGAUCGACAAGAGCCUUAACAACCUCCCGUUCAAGCCAGGUCACCUUUUGUUCAACAUGUCCAGUUUUGGUGGAAAUCUUCAACUUUUCUGAUCUGACAUCAGAAGACAACAAGGAGACCACAUAGUGUUGCCUUGAUUACUGUUGCUCCAUUAUGUGGCUAUCCAUGGCUUUCAAAUACCCACAAGUGUCCAUCUCCAAAGACAUAUUUGUGCAGAGGAUGUAGCUCAUGGAAAAUAUGAAUCUCAAAGAGUGCUUCAUGAACUUUUUAAGCGAUGCAUUUGAUUUCUUUUCUAUGAAGUCCAUCAAAGAAAACAAGUUCCAACUAACAGGAUGCUUGUUUGAUCUGCACAAACCUGAUGGCAUACUGAUGAUAAGCCAAAAAAUGACUGUUUAAAGGCCAAGCUGCCAAGUUAACUCUCCAGAUGCCAAAUUGGUCACCCUGGGACCUCGAUGACACUGAGUUGGCGGCGAAAGAAGUUUUAAGGUGAUACUUGCCUGAAUGCACGAACAAGGCUCGUGUUUCACCCUGUCAGCCUAUCCAAAAAGUUCUUGUGUGAAAACCAAGCUGAAUGAUACCCAAAGAUGUAAACAUUUUCAUGGUUUUCUUUAUUUUGCUUUAAAGAAUUGUUUUAUUUUGGAUUGUUCCUGUUUGAAAGGGGUUGCCUGUGUGUGAAGUGCUUUAACUGAACCCAAACCAAAAAAAAUUCUCAUGAUUUCAUUAUCUUUUUUUGUCCUUUAGUUUGGUCAUUCCAGGCGCACCCCUUCAACACGAAACUCUUUAUUUUGUUGAUCCUAACAUUUAAAUUUUAAAGAGUAACCAAAUGAAGAUGUCAGAUAUUUUGAAAGGCUUUCUAUGUCAAUACUAUAAGGAAUACUUGCUUUCUUUUUUAAAGUAGUUGAAUUCUUGCCAAAUAUUUAGCUAUCUUAAAGAAAUAUGUAACCAAAUACCUCUAAAUCUUUAACAUUCAGAGUCUACCUUUACACUUCCUAACAUAACCAAAGCACAGCAACAUCCUUGUGAGCAUGAUAAUAUACAUGUGUGUGAAUGACUAACAAAAGGUGAACCUUGAGGGCAGCAGCUUUCAGAAGACACCAAACAUUUUGAUUCAUAAAGUUAUUUUUGAUCCAAGUUGUUUAUAGAUAUCUCCACAACCCAUAUUAGCUUACUUCUUAUCUAAAAAUGAGGACAGAUAUCAUAUGUUGCUCCUUGGCUUGCUGAACAAACAACAGACUACCGAGGAAAAGUGAACCGCCAACAUCAGUAUGCAGGCUGGAUCGUUGUAGCUGUAGAACAUUAAAUAGCUUAAAAAAUUGCCUGUGAAUGUCAGCAACAGUUAGUUUAGAUGCUAAAUGGUGUGAUCCUCAUUAUAAAUAAUCCUCUUGACUGAAGAAACUAAUAUAUCAUUAACCAAAAGUCUGUGUCGCUUCAAGCUUUUCUGGUCCUCAAGGUUCACCUGAAUAAUGAUAACCCUAAAGUGUUUUAGGUUUACUCAAAGAACAGUAUAAAACAUCAUCUCCUUUCUGACGCAACUGAAAGCUGUUAAACCGAUGCGAUACCAAAAAGUGUAUUUGACAUGGAAGACCUGAAGAUGUGUUUUCUGUAGUGUGAUGUGUGUUAAAGCUUUUGUUGCUUCUGUUUGUAAUGAUUCAUUUCUCUUUUCAUUUGAGUCUUCUGUUGUUCCUGCUGUGCACAGGAAAAGUUGCCAAAGCAAAUGUUUGCUUUUUUAAAAAGUUUAUUAUUAUUAUUAUUAUUAUUAGAUCUGAUAACAUUAAUUAUGAUCAUUUCAAAUAUUUUGUUUUUUUGACAUGUGUAAGGAUGAUAUGAAAAUGAUUGUUAGGAUUACUUUGUGAUGGUCUUAGAGCAAGUGAUGUGAGUUUUCCAGAGAUUUAAGAAGCCAAACUCACAUUCUGCCCUGAAGAACCAGCAACUAGAAAAUGUAAGAAAGUAGAAACUGGCUGCUAGUCGCAGCGAGAAACAAUGCUUUAAUGAUUCUAGUGCUUCUCUGUUUGCCAAGCUUUCCACUGCUGUAUAGCCAACUGAAAACCUAAAGCUUUAACCUGCUGUGACUGAGGUCCUAUCCUUGGUCUGUGGAGGUCGAGGACUGACUGUAGAUCAGCUGCAGCUAGAAACAGAGACCAAGCUGUAUCUCAGUACAUUUACUUUAACGUAAUACAUUCACACUAAAAUGGUUUCAGUUCACACAAAAGACAAAAAACCUCAUAGUUUGUGUUUUAUUUACCACGAUGUGUCUGUGAUAAACCCAGUAGUGGAAGUCAAUGGAACCUUUUUAGCUUAAAAUGAGACUGUGACUUUUGAAAGACGAAAUAAUAAUAAUUGUUUCCCAUUGCAAAUUAAUUCAUAAAGAAUAAAACAUUUGCUUAAUUCAUGACACAUCUGCUGCCAGUAGUUGAACGUAACUUUAGAUAGUUAUUGGUGUGUUACUGGCGUCACUAAUCUCUUCUUGUGCUUCUGUUACACCAUGUUGGAGCAUUUUAUCACAUACUUACUACUGUAAUCAGCAAACGUUACACUUUAAAACAUUUAAAGAUAUAUUUGAAUAACUCAGCAGCAGUUGUACUUCCUACUUUGGUUGCACCACUCGAAUGGCUAGACACCUCAAGGGGUAAGAGGGAAUAUGUGUUGUUUGAACUGACCUUUUAGUUUUAUUUAUUUAUUUAUUCAUGACAAAAUCCUAAUAAAUGGCAUAUUUAUGGUCAGUCAAUAUCCUGAUGGAACUCAGUGUCCAUAAGCUGUUUCUGUUGAUCGCUGCAUAUUAACCAAAUUAAAACGUAGGAUAAUGAACACAGCACAAACAACAUUUGGUGUAAAUCUGACCUUACUACCUAUUAAAGUGUGAUAGUUAAAGCUAAGAAAUAUUUAAGAGAAGAGCUAAACGUAUCUGCUGACUAUGAUAGCAGCAUUUUCAACAGCUUGGUCUCUGUGUGACUGCAGACAACUCGAUCUGAAGGCCUGGACCGACCUCUGCUCUUUGUCCCUCCUUGAUCACAUUCUCACAUGCCUGAACCAAAUAAAGACAUUUUGCUGAAUUAA